AUGGAUACCCUGGAAGCUGAAGACAUCCAUGCCAUCGAGCAGCUCUUGCGCAGUCAUGAGUCUGUCAAAGACGCGGCCGUGUUAUCUGUACAGAAAUACGGGGAAGAUAUGCUCGUGGGCUUUGUGAUGCUGCACGACCAAGCCCUCGAGAACCAGAUCCGAACCCUGGGUCAGUCCGGCGACGAGUUCGAAGCGGAGCAAGUGCAGCUGUGGGAGUCGGUCUUUGACCGGCGCGUUUACGCCACCAUCGACGACGAAGCACGGCGGGAAACCGUCGGGCGCGACUUCACCGGCUGGAUCUCGGCCUACGAUGGCAGCUUGCUGGACAAAACCGACAUGAACGAGUGGCUCGACGAUACCAUCGAGAUGAUGGUCACGCACAGCAUUCGCGACCGUCCCGUCAACGUUGUCGAACUCGGAACCGGCUCCGGCAUGAUUCUCUUCAGUCUCGCGCGCCACAUACGUUCCUAUCAUGGUAUUGAGCCAUCACGUAAGGCCGUCGACUUCGUCUCAGUGACGGCUCAAUCGAUCCCUGAACUCGCGGACAAGGUGUAUGUAUACGAAGGUACGGCAACCGACUUUCAUCUGCUGGGGUCGCCCUCCCCCGACUUGGUCGUAAUCAACUCGGUUGCCCAGUAUUUCCCUAGCCAGGCCUACCUGCUCGAGGUGGUUGAGGGCAUCCUGAAAUUCGGCUCCGUUCAGACAGUUGUGUUUGGGGAUAUCCGAUCGUUUGCUCUUCAGAAGGAGUUCCUGGUCACCAAGGCACUUCACGCCACGGGCGGAAAGGCAAGCAAGGGCGCUCUUCGCGAAAAGAUCUCGGAGCUGGAGCAAGCCGAGAUUGAAUUCUUGGUUGACCCGGCAUUCUUCACCAGCCUGCCUGACCGGUUUCCAGGCCUCAUUGAGCAUGUCUGCAUCAUCCCGAAAAAGAUGAAGGCCACCAACGAGUUGAGCUGCUAUCGCUACGCUGCGGUUCUGUACAUUGCUAGUGGAAGCCAACAGAGCGGAGAACAGCAGCAGCAGCAGCAGCACCUUAGCAGCAACAUUCGGGAAGUCGCUGAUGACGAAUGGAUUGACUUCGUGGAUCAAGGACUGGAUCGUGCAACCCUCUCGCAUCGUCUGAUCACCGAAACCCCAGAUAUCAUGGCCGUGAGCAACAUUCCCUACAGCAAGACUGCCUUUGAGAGGCACUGUCUCGACGCACUCGCGGACGGAAACGGACAAGAAGAAAACGCAGAUGAUGAUUCUGCGUGGCUUACAUCCGUCCGCCAGAGCAGUCAAGAGUCCCCGUCGCUCUCGGCUCUGGACCUGGCAAGCAUCGCUCAAGAAGCCGGAUACGAAGUUGAAUCUAGCUGGGCGAGGCAGUUUUCACAGCGCGGUGGCCUCGACGUCGUCUUCUACCGUACGCAGCAGCCAUCUGAUACCGUAGCUGGUAGUGUUGGUCGUGGGGACAAAGCUCUCUGGCGCUUCCCGACUGAUCAUCAGGGUCGAGAGCCUAGCGCGUUCAGCAACCAGCCACUUCAGCAGCAGGCCAGGCAAACGAUCCAACGACAGCUUUUCGAAUCUCUGGAAGAUCAGCUUCCUAUGGAGUCGGUACCCGAGGAUAUAGUCAUCCUGAGCGCUUUGCCGACCACUUCGGAUGGCAAAGUGGACCGUCAGGCGCUCUCAGAGAAGGCAAACUAG